GAGUGAUUUCUCGUUGAAAAUGGAAACCUUUAGCUAAGACUUUAUCCUCAUAAAUUUAGUCUUUAUAUAUAGGGACCUUUUUUUUUUUUCUUCUCUCUCUAUCUCUCUUUGUCUGCAAAUGGAAGAACAUAUUCAAGAUCGCCGUGAAAUUGCGUUCUUACACUCCGGUGAAUUUCUCCAGGGAGAUUCCGACUCAAAGGAUCAUCAAACGAAUGAGUCUCCGGAUGAGGAACAUCAUCAAGAGCAGUCUAUCAAAGAAGUUGAUUUCUUCGCAGCCAAAAGUCACCGGAGCGAUCUUGGUCAUGUGAGAACGACGUCGAUCAUUGGACCAUCUGGUUUUAAUGAUGGAUUAGGUUUGGUAAAUUCAUGUCAUGGAACAUCAAGCGAUGAUGGCGAUGACACAACCAAAACCCAAAUUAGUAGACUGAAAUUGGAGCUAGAGAGGCUUAACGAGGAAAAUCACAAGCUGAAGCAUUUAUUAGAUGAGGUCAGUGAGAGUUACAAUGACCUCCAAAGAAGAGUUUUGUUGGCAAGACAAACACAAGUGGAAGGUCUUCAUAAACAACAUGAGGUUAUACCCCAAGCUGGUUCCUCACAAGCUCUGGAGGACAGAAGACCAUUGGAUAUGAACAAUGAAACUCCGGCCACCACCUUGAAACGACGGUCUCCGGACGAUGUGGAUGAUCAUGAUAUGCACCGAGGAUCACCAAAAACUCCAAGACUAGACCAAACCAAGAGUACUAAUCAUGAAGAACAACAAAACCCUCAUGAUCAAUUACCCUUUAGAAAAGCUAGGGUUUCCGUUAGAGCUAGAUCUGAUGCCACUACGGUAAAUGACGGAUGUCAAUGGAGAAAAUACGGUCAGAAAAUGGCAAAAGGAAAUCCAUGUCCUCGAGCUUACUAUCGUUGCACUAUGGCUGUUGGAUGUCCUGUCCGUAAACAGGUCCAACGAUGCGCCGAGGAUACAACUAUCUUGACCACAACGUACGAAGGAAACCAUAACCAUCCUCUUCCACCGUCAGCCACCGCCAUGGCUGCAACCACUUCCGCUGCAGCCGCCAUGCUCUUAUCUGGCUCCACCACCAGCAACCUCCAUCAAACACUCUCUAACCCCUCCGCCACGUCAUCAUCUUCCUUCUACCAUAACUUCCCAUACACUUCCACAAUUGCCACACUCUCCGCCUCAGCUCCUUUCCCCACCAUAACCUUAGACCUCACCAACCCGCCUCGACCGCUACAACCGCCACAGCAGUUUCUGAGCCAGUAUGGUCCCGCCGCGUUUAUACCAAACGCUAAUCAAAUUAGGUCUAUGAAUAAUAAUAACCAGCAGUUAUUAAUACCUAAUUUGUUUGGCCCACAAGCCCCACCACGUGAAAUGGUCGAUUCAGUUAGGGCUGCGAUUGCUAUGGAUCCGAAUUUCACGGCGGCCCUUGCGGCGGCGAUCUCAAACAUUAUCGGAGGAGGUAAUAACGACAAUAAUAAUAAUGAUAUUAAUAAUAAUAAGGUUGAUGCGAAAAGUGGAGGGAGCAGUAACGGAGAUUCGCCACAGCUUCCUCAGUCUUGCACCACUUUCUCUACAAACUAAUUUAGUACUAUUAUAUUCUUAUAUAUAUAUAUGUUAUUAUCAUAUAUAUUAUUAUUACACAUAUAUUAUAUAUUAUAUGUAUCUUCAGUUUUUUGGUGUACAUUAUAUAUGAACGAUAUGGAGGGAGAGGGCAGAGCUCUUAUAGGUUUUUUUUACAGGACUCAAUUUUGGCUAUUUUUUGUUUCCAUGUUAAAAGAACGAGCGGUGAAUGUUUUUAUCUUCCUAGUUCUUAUGAAUCACACUCUGUAUAUGUAUAUAUCUUAAAGAUA